CACAACCUGUCUUUCCUUAUAUCCUCCCUUUCCCUUUGUCUCUUAGAUGAGAGUCGAAGCUGUUUUGUUUGAUUAUUUGUUUGUUUUUAAUUCUUGGGAUUAGACAGCUCAGAGAAGGGGAGAGAAUGAGAGCUCAUGGGCCUGAGGAUUGGGCUGUCCCUCCACCCUCAGCCGUAUGUUAGCUCUGAAGAUUCAGUCCAGUCGUUACUUUAAGAGAUUUGUUGCUGUUUCCAGGUGUCAUAGUCAUUCUGUGUAGUUGAGUCAGCAAGCUCAGGUGUACACAAGGAGAUGUGCUCAGAACGAGGGGGCUCUACACCUCAAUUGGAUUUUUAAUUCAGGAGCCAGAAGAUGUGGGGGAUGGGAUGCGGACGUGGAAACUGAAGAAUUUGGAAUCCUCAAAGAUGUUAAAAGGUGGAAGAGGAGGGACUAAGGAGGGCAGAGCCUAGGAUACUGAAACUUGAUCAGUGGGGCAGUGAAAAGGAAGCAGAAAUUAACUCUAGGAAGAGUUUAUGACUUAGAGUGGGAGAGUGUGAGACAAGACUAGGAUUAACGUGGAAGGCCAGCUUAGGUCCUGCAGGCUAAGAGUGAUAUCUCUAAAAGGGUCCUAAAACCCUCAGGGACUGGAUACUAAAUAUGACUUCACCUCCAGGAGGGCACGUAUCUCAAGGGAAGGAUGGAAGAAUCAUCAAUAAGCCGGGUACCAUCUCGGGGAGGAGUCAGCUUUCUGAAUGUGGCCCGGACCUACAUCCCCAAUACUAAGGUGGAAUGUCACUACACCCUUCCCCCAGGCACCGUGCCAAGUGCCAGUGACUGGAUUGGCAUCUUCAAGGUGGAGGCUGCCUGUGUUCGAGAUUACCAUACAUUUGUGUGGUCUUCGGUGCCUGAAAGUGCAACUGAUGGUUCCCCUGUCCAUGCCAGUGUCCAGUUCCAAGCCAGCUACCUGCCCAAACCAGGAGCCCAGCUUUACCAGUUCCGAUAUGUGAAUCGCCAGGGCCGGGUGUGUGGGCAGAGCCCCCCUUUCCAGUUUCGAGAGCCAAGGCCCAUGGAUGAACUGGUGACUCUUGAGGAGACUGAUGGCGGCUCUGACAUCCUGCUGGUUGUCCCCAAGGCAACUGUGCUACAGAACCAGCUGGAUGAGAGCCAGCAAGAGAGGAACGACCUGAUGCAGCUGAAGCUGCAGCUGGAGGGGCAGGUCACGGAGCUGAGGAGCCGCGUACAGGAGCUGGAGACGGCCCUGGCGACUGCCAGGCAGGAGCAUGCGGAGCUGAAAGAGCAGUACAAGGGGCUUUCCCGGUCCCACGGGGAACUCACAGAAGAGAGGGACAUCUUGAGCCGGCAACAAGGAGAUCAUGUGGCACACAUCCUGGAGCUGGAAGAUGACAUCCAGAUCAUCAGUGAGAAAGUGCUGACAAAGGAGGUGGAGCUGGACAGAGUUAGAGACACCGUGAAGGCCCUGACUCGGGAACAAGAGAAGCUCCUUGGGCAACUAAAGGAAGUACAAGCAGACAAGGAGCAAAGCGAGGCUGAGCUCCAAAUAGCACAACAGGAGAAUCGUCGCUUGAAUUUGGAGCUGCAGGAGGCUAAGGGCCGGCAGGAGGAGCAGGGUGUGCAGACCCAGCGACUAAAAGACAAGUUGGUUCAGAUGAAGGACACCCUAAGCCAGGCCCAGCAGCGGGUGGCUGAGCUGGAGCCCCUGAAGGAGCAGCUUCGAGGGGCCCAGGAGCUUGCAGCCUCAAGCCAGCAGAAAGCCACCCUUCUUGGGGAGGAGUUGGCCAGCGCAGCUGGAGCCAGGGACCGCACCAUAGCCGAACUACACCGCAGCCGCCUGGAAGUGGCUGGAGUCAACGGCAGGCUGGCUGAGCUCAGUCUGCAUUUGAAGGAGGAAAAAAGCCAGUGGAGCAAGGAGCGGGCAGGGAUGUUGCAGAGUGUGGAGGCAGAGAAGGACAAGAUCCUGAAGCUGAGUGCAGAGAUACUUCGGCUGGAAAAGGCAGUUCAGGAGGAGAGGACCCAGAAUCAAGUGCUCAAGACUGAACUGGCCCAGGAAAAGGAUGCUAGCCUGGUGCAGUUGUCAGAGGGUAAGCGGGAGCUGACAGAGCUGCGGUCAGCCCUGCGUGUGCUCCAGAAGGAAAAGGAGCAGUUGCAGGAGGAGAAGCAGGAGCUGCUAGAGUACAUGAGAAAGCUGGAGGCCCGCCUUGAGAAGGUGGCCGAUGAGAAGUGGAAUGAGGAUGCUGCUACAGAGGAUGAGGAGGCAGUUGCAGGGCUGGGCUGCCCGGCAGCUCUGACAGACUCAGAGGAUGAGUCCCCAGAAGACAUGAGGCUCCCACCCUAUGGCCUGUGUGAGCGUGGAGAUCCAGGCUCCUCUCCUGCGGGGCCACGAGAAGCCUCUCCCCUAGUUGUCAUCAGCCAGCCAGCUCCCAUCGCUCCCCACCUCUCAGGGCCAGCUGAGGACAGCAGCUCUGACUCGGAGGCUGAAGAUGAGAAGUCAGUCCUGAUGGCAGCUGUGCAGAAUGGGGGUGAAGAGGCCAACCUGCUGCUUCCUGAACUGGGCAAUGCCUUCUAUGACAUGGCCAGCACCAUCUUUCGUGGAGCCCAAAUUGCCCUGCAUCCUCUCUCACCUGCCCCUAACGUUUCCCCAACCACCAGUGGCUUUGCAGGGGGUCCCUUGUCAGAGGCCAGCACUGGGGGCCCUGCCACCCCGCCAUGGAAGGAGUGCCCUAUUUGUAGGGAGCGCUUCCCAGCUGAGAGUGAUAAGGAUGCCCUGGAGGACCACAUGGAUGGACACUUCUUCUUCAGCACCCAGGACCCCUUCACCUUUGAGUGAUCUCACCUCUCCCUAGUACAAGCACAAACACACACUUAAACACAUAGACACACUCACACACAGACACACAUUUAGGUCUCAUGCCUCUUUUCCAACUCAGUGGGCUCCAUGAUAUUCUGUUCCCUAAGAACCACUCCUGCGUGCCGUUUUUAUUCCAAGCUCUCCAACCUCAUCCUCUCCCAUCAGCCCUUUUGUCCAGGCAGGGGUCCUUCAUGGAAGAAUGGCUAAUUUACCCCCUGAAAGCGGUUUGGGAGAAACCAGAAUGGAGGAGGCCUCCCCCACGGGGAGUAGGACCUGCCCCCUCCUAGCCCUGGUUGCUUCUGUCACUCACCAGCUACUGCAAGCACCACCACCACUCCACACACACACACACACACACACACACACACACACACACACACUCACAGUCUCUGAUGCCCCAAAGCCAAUCCCUGGGGCACCCUACCCUCUCUUCUUUUGGGGUCUAUGUUUGUUCCCCUGGGUUUCCUCUGAGGCCUGCAUUGAGGCAGCAGCAUGGACAUCAUGACCUCCUCAGGUCUCAGUUCUGAACUUCAUUGGUUCCUCUUACUGUCCCCGCGCCCCCCCCCCCCAUUGCCUUCCACACUCCACCCCAGCCUUUCCCCGUACCAUUAGAUAUUAAGUUUGGAGGUUUCUUUUUGUAUUUUUGAGGUUUUCUGUACUCUUACCUUCUGCCCCUCCAUGCCAACCCCCCUCCCCCCACACUGUCCUCACAUGGAAAGAAUAAUGCAUUGUGCCUUCUGUGAGGGAUGGGGGAACAAAUGGUCCCAGGUCCCCCCACUUCCCAGCCCUUCCUCCCUCCAGGUUCCCCAUAGCAGUAGAGCUUUCUCCCCAAUAUCCCUCCCCCUAUCUGUAGUUUGGACAAAUAUAUUUAUAUGGUAUGUAUAACUCUUCUAAUAAAAUGUGUUCUUAUUAUAA